AGGGUCAAGGGGGGCAAAGAGGAAGGCUCCCAGUAAUUAGAGACUGGGCCCCCCAUCUCCUCCACGUUCUCCCAGCUCCUGUAAGCACCUGGUGGGAGAGAGGCAAGAGCUGCUUUUCCCAGUCUCCAUGGAGGCCGAGGGCACCAGAAAUCGCAGAACUUGUUCACUGCCCUUUCACCAGGCAGAGCUAAGAUCAAAUGUGAAGCUGCCUGACCCUGCUAGGGCCCCCCGCCCGAGGAGAAAGUGACAGUCACCUCCCGGAACACGCUGAAGGGUGGGGGACGAAGCACGCAGCUCCCUCUGCUGUGAGACCAGUGUUCACAUGUGAAAUGCCUCAUGGGGUUUGGCCGGGGGCUUGGUCAGUGGUUCAGUCGGUGUCGGGGACCAAGGGCAGGGCCCCCUCUUAAAGAGUGCUGUCUCAAGCUGGGGUGGCAUUCAAACAGUCCCACCCCUCCCCCUUCACUGGUCCAGAAUGGCAUCAACAUCUACAGCCUCACCGUGGACUCCAAGGUCUCGUCCAGAUUUGCCCACACAGUCGUCACCAGCAGGGUGGUCAACAGGGCCAAUAUUAUGCAGGAGGCCACCUUCCAGGUGGAGCUGCCCAAGAGAGCCUUCAUCACCAACUUCUCCAUGGUCAUCGGAGGUGUGACCUACCCAGGGAACAUCAAGGAGAAGGCUGCAGCCCAGGAACAGUACAGCGCGGCUGUGGCCAGGGGCGAGAGCGCUGGCCUCGUCAAGGCCAGCGGAAGAAAGACGGAGCAGUUCCAGGUGUCGGUCAGUGUGGCUCCCGCUGCCAAGGUCACCUUUGAGCUGGUGUAUGAGGAGCUGCUCCAGCGGCAUCUGGGAGCAUAUGAGCUGCUGCUGAAAGUCCAGCCCCGGCAGCUGGUCAAGCACCUGCAGAUGGACAUUCACAUCUUCGAGCCUCAGGGCAUCAGCUUUCUGGAGACAGAGAGCACCUUCAUGACCAACGAACUGGCAGACGCCCUCAACGUCUCGCAGAACAAGACCAAGGCUCACAUCCAAUUCAAGCCCACACUCUCCCAGCAAAAGUCACCAGGGCAGCAGGACACAGUCCUGGAUGGCAACUUCAUCGUCCGCUACGAUGUGCACCGGACCGUCUCCGGGGGCUCCAUUCAGAUCGAGAGUGGCUACUUUGUGCACUACUUUGCCCCUGAAGGCCUGCCCACCAUACCCAAGAAUGUGAUCUUUGUCAUUGACAAAAGCGGCUCCAUGAGAGGCAGGAAGAUCCAGCAGACCCGGGAAGCCUUAAUCAAGAUCCUGGAUGACCUCAGCCCCAACGACCAGUUCAAUCUUGUCAGCUUCAGCGGGGAGGCGGCCCAGUGGAAGCCCUUGCUGGUGCCGGCCUCAGCCGAGAACGUGAACCAGGCCAGGAGCUAUGCUGCCAGCAUCCAGACCCAAGGAGGGACCAACAUCAACGACGCGAUGCUGAUGGCCGUGCAGCUGCUGGACAGUGCCAACCAGAAGGAGCUGCUUCCAGAGGGGAGCGUCUCCCUCAUCAUCCUGCUCACCGACGGCGACCCCACCAUGGGGGAGACCAACCCUGCAAGGAUACAGAAGAACGUGAAGGAAGCUAUAGAUGGCCAGUACAGCCUCUUCUGCUUGGGCUUUGGCUUCGAUGUCAGCUUUGCCUUCCUAGAGAAGCUGGCGCUAGACAACGGCGGCCUGACUCGGCGCAUCUAUGAGGACUCGGACUCCACCCUGCAGCUGCAGGACUUCUACCAGGAGGUGGCCAACCCACUGCUGACAGCAGUGACCUUUGAGUACCCCAGCAAUGCGGUGGAGAAGGUCUCGCGGGACAACUUCCGGCUGCUCUUCAAAGGCUCCGAGAUCGUCGUGGCCGGCAAGCUCCGGGACCAGAGCCCCGAUGUGCUCUCAGCCAAAGUCAGGGGGCAGCUGCACAUGCAGAACAUCACCUUCCAAACGGAGUCCAGCGUGGCGGAGCAGGAGAAGGAGUUCCAGAGCCCCAAGUACAUCUUCCACAGCUUCAUGGAGAGACUCUGGGCAUACUUAACCAUCCAGCAACUGCUGGAGCAAAUGGUUUCGGCAUCCGAUGCUGAGAAGCAGGCCCUCGAGACCCGAGCUCUGAACUUGUCGCUCCAGUAUUGCUUUGUCACUCCCCUCACGUCCAUGGUGGUCACCAAACCUGAAGGCAAAGAAUGGUCUGAAGUUGCUGAGAAGCCUGUGGAAACCAGAACCACAGCUGCUGUCCCAGCCCCCAUCCAGGCGCCUGCCGUCAUCCUGAUGCUGCCCGGACAGAGCGUGGACCGCCUCUGUGUGGACAUCAAGCACUCUCAGGGGCCGAUGAACCUGCUCUCAGACCCUGACCAAGGGGUUGAGGUGACUGCCCAGUACGAGACAGAGAAGGCCCAGUUCUCGUGGAUCGAGGUGACCUUCAAGAACCCCCAGCUGCAGGUCCGUGCCAUCCCUGAGCAUGUGGUAGUGACCCGGAACCGAAGAAACUCUGCCUACAAGUGGAAGGAGACGCUGUUCUCGGUGAUACCUGGCGUCAAGCUGACCAUGGACAAGGCGGGGCUCCUGCUGCUAAGCAGCCCGGACAGAGUGACCAUUGGCCUGCUACCCUGGGACGGCCCCGGGGAGGGGCUCCGGCUCCUUCUGCGGGACACCGACCGCUUCUCCAGCCGCGUUGGCGGGACCCUCGGCCAGUUUUACCAGGAUGUGCUCUGGGGGCCUCCGGCAGCGGCAGAUGACAGCAAGCGAAUGCUGAGGGUUCAGGACCUUGAGUACUCUGCCACCAGGUUGCUCAAGCUGGAUUACCAAGAGGGGUCUCCAGGAACAGAGAUUUCCUGCUGGUCCGUGGAGCUGUAGUUAUGAGGGAGGGGUGAAGCCCCCCCCAUGCCGCACAAAGGUGUGCAGAGGACAGCCACCCUGUGACCAGAGGGCCGCCCAUGGGGCCUGGGCUGCGAUGGGGAGGAUAUUUUGACUCAUUACAAUAAAAACAGUUGCUGUAAGCCCA